UAGAAAACCUCCUUAAUGUAAAAUAUACUUUACAUUUAGUUGGCUAUUUGAAGAUAUAAUUAAUUGUUAAUUUAUAAAUCAUAUUUUCAUGUAUCUAAAAAUUUAGAAAUUCUGUCUUUAAAUUUUGUAAAUGAAUUUUUAGAAUUCCCAAAAUUUAAUAACUGAAUUUUAUGUGAAUAUUCUAGUUGAAUAAUUAUUUAUAUGUGCAUAUGCAUAUAUGUAUGUAUGUAUGUAAUUUAACAGAAAAGAAAAUGUCUUCAGAGUACAAUUUUUACGUUGGAAAAAUAAGAAGCGAUUAAAGAUGACUUAAAAAAUUCAUAUGAUUUGCUAUAAUAUUUAAACUUUUAAUUCAAAUUCUUGGAAAAAGAAACGUAUAAAAAAUAAGCAGCGAAAAGUUAUUAAAAUGCAAGGUCAUCAAAAACAAAUUUAUAUGUUUUUAAUGUUUAUCAUAUUUAUUGUAGCAUUUAAUUUUUGUCGAAAAUCUAUUAAACGUGAUAAAGAUCUAAAGCAAUUAAGGGAAGAUGCAAUGAAACAAAAAAUUAAAGCAGAUAUUAUUGAACAAAAAUUAGAACUACAAAGACGUGCACAAGAGGAAGAAAUAAAACGCCAACAAGAAAUAAUUAACCGUCUCAAAGAACAUGAAAAAAUAUGUUAUAAUUUGUAUGUGUUUGGUGUAAAGCCAUUUAAAGAGUACAUUAAAAAACCUUAUAGAAUAAAUGGUUAUAUAGAAAAACAAGGAAAUGAACAUGAUACCAAUGAAAACCAUAAGCCAAAUUAUGAUUCAAUCAACGUUAAAUUGCAGCAGCAGCAACAACAAUCACAAAAUCAUAACGCAUCUGAACCAAUAAUUUAUUUAUUUAUAUUAGUUUUAAUAUACUUCUUAAUGAAAUCAGCAUCAGAUAUUACUCAACAUUUUAAACAAAAAUCAAAACAAAAGGAUGAUAGUAGUAGACGAUGUUCCCUUCAAGAAUAUGCAGAAAGAAAAAAUUCAAAAGCUAAAUUUGCAAACCAUCGAUCAAUAUCAGUAGAUACACAAAAAAUUACACCUAUUUUAUCAUUACAAUUUGAUGAGAAAAGACGUCAAUCUGUUGCAUCAGGUUUAUCUAUAGAACCAGGUGUUUCAUCACGUCCUUUAAAUGGUCCAGGUUAUAGACCGUUACCAUUAUUAAGAAGGGGUUCAGUUCCAGCAUUUUCAUAUCAUGCUAGUUCACCUUUGAAUCCGUUGCUAAGAAGACCAUCUAUGGAUUCUUUUAGUGAAGGUGAAUCAAGCCCAGAAGUAAAGAGACGAGUGCGAAUGAUUCAAAGACAUUAAAACAAAUAAAUUUCAUUUUCAAAAGACUUAAAAUAAAAUGUUAUUUUAAAUAAUAACGACAACAAUUUUAACCAAAUCCAUAAUUUAGUUAUUUAGUCAACGUAGAACAAUUUAUUCUAAUUGUUAUACCCUAAUUUAAAAGACAGCUGCGUCAGAUUCACAAACGCUCACACAUAAAAAUUUAAAAGAUCGCAUAUCUUACAAAAAUUUCUUUAAUAUUAUCUUUAAAGUUUAGAAGUAUGUAUAUACAUAUACCUACAUUUUAUUAUCCGAAGACACUAAAUUUUAAUUUUAACCAUUAAAUUACAAAAUCUAUAUGAACUAAUAUAUCUCGCCUGGUUAAAAAUGUAUGAAAACCUUGGAUAAGAAAUUUUUGAAUAUAAAAAGUACAUACAUAAAAUAGAGAUAAUGAACGUGUUAGCACAUAGCUUAAACAACAUAAUUGAAAUUAUCUUUCAUUCAUGCUUAAUUUUAAGAUAACUACACCUGGUAUUCAUACAUAUUGAAUGUUUUACCGUAAAAG